CUCAGGAGACGGAACUACAAGGAUGGACGAGAGAAGGAAGAAUGGUAACGAAAGACGACAAGACGAGAUAGAAGAUGAAGAAAAAAUACCGAAGACCAUACUGGGGAUUUGUACCAGACAGCAGUUCAAUAUGUUGUGUGUGGCUGUUGGGCUCGUUGUGCUGCUGAUCAUCAUAACAGUAACUUCCGUGGUCCUCACCAUGAACUCGGGUUCAGGACCAUUAGAGACCAUGGUCCCAUCCCCUACAGAUGGAGACAUGCUGGAAUUUCUUCUUCAAAAUGAGGAGAUUGAAGAGAAAGACGGACUUUACGCUACUUGGUAUCACGCUGCCAACAGCAAAGCCGAAACCAAAAAAGCCCUGGAGAGUGACGUUAUGAUUCUGGAGGCUGACGUCAAUGUUCAAGGUCAUAACACGGUCAACGAGACCAACAUUCCCAUCAUGGCCCAUCCGCCAGAUGUCUACAGUGAUAACACUUUGGAAGAGUGGCUCGAUGCGGUUAUUAAAUCUAAGAAAGGAAUAAAACUGGAUUUUAAAAGUCUUCAAGCGGUGGAGCAUUCACUUGAUCUUCUCAGGCUCAAGAAUCAAACGGGAAUCAACCGUCCCGUAUGGUUGAACGCCGAUAUCCUUCACGGUCCGAACGUUCCAACUUUCUGGCCCGUGGUCAAUGGUACUCGAUUCUUAGAACUUAUCCAGACAAAGUUCCCAGAUGUAACCAUCUCACCAGGCUGGAAGGUUCUUUACCUGCCCAUCUUCCCCAAUGUCACGUACACGCAGUCUAUGGUGACGAAGAUGUACGACUCCGUCAAACACCUUCCUCAAAGAAUCACGUUUCCUGUUCUGGCAGUUAUGGUAAAGAAUGGAUGGCCUCACCUAAGCUGGCUUCUCAGCCAGUCCUCCAGGUUCAGUUUGACCUUGUGGCAAGGUGAGGAGAACCCCACCGUCAAUGACCUGCUCUUCAUUAGAGACAACAGCAACCCUCAGCGCAUCUACUACGACAUCUACGAGCCGGUGCUGUCCCAGUUUAAAGAAGCUGCAAAGCAGAGGAACAGACCAAGAAGGUUCUACACAGGUGGAGACAUAGUGGAUUAUUUCAAGCCUGCAAACGGUGAAGGACUUAACAUCCUGUGGGAGGAGGUGCAUGACCGUGCUUCUCUUCUAGCUUUACUCAAAGAAAACCCAAGUGGAAUGCUGGUGAUUCCUGUAACAUCUGGAACAGGAGAUUUGAUAACUCCAGUUGUUGAAGGCUCACUGCCAGAGCUGCCUCUUCAGGAUUGUCUAGAUUUAAUCCUCACUUCAAAGAACCCAUGGGGCAUCUACAUCAGGGUGAAGUCUCCGAUGCAUCUAGCUACGUCACUUCAUCUGCUUCGACAGGUGUACGCUGGAGACCUUCUCCACCAUCCAGUCUGGAUCAACAUGGACGUCGCACAUGGAGUUUUCAAUGUCGAGGGCUACAUCUCAGGCCUGGAGUACGUGAGGACCAUUAACGAGAUUUUUCCAUACGUCACCAUGGCUCCUAGCUGGCCUCGGGAGGUUCUGGAUCAGGGUUACACACCGCACGUGGUCGAGGACAUGAUGGAUCUCUUUCAAGAGGUUUGGCAGGAUGUCUCCUUGCAGCUGUUGGAUAUCUACCUAGAGAGAUCGGAGGCUGGAAUUAGGAUUCUUCGACAAAACCAGGCACGGUUUUCUCUCAUGGUGGAAGACAGGACCAGGAAUGGAGGACUCGCGAUGGGGAGGUCGAUGUUUUACCUUCGUAACAGGACCUUUUACAAUCGUCCCACUGAAUUUACAGAGGUUUAAAUCGAGUAUAAAUACAAGCAUGUAAAAUAAAGACGUUUUCUGUAAUGAAACAAUUGGACGCAAAUUUACUUCAACUGCAUCCUUUAUCUUUAUUAUCAUGAUGUUCUUAGAUGUUAAUUCACAUAUACACCAAAACUACUGACCGGCAUCUAACAGGACAACAAAAACAACUGAUCCAUCUUAGUACAAUAUAGAACAUUAUCCUGAGGGAGAAGUUCCAACCAAUCAGAUGCUAGAAUUUUUUCUGGCCAUUAUAAUCAACAAAUCACAGCUUCAUAAGAAAUCGUAUUUUAGUAUUUUGUGCUUUUAUAUAUUUCCACUACAUGACUAAAGGUUUGUGGACACCUGACCAUACGGUGUUGAACAUUCCAUUCCACAUUUAGUGUCCAUUUGCUGUUAUUAUGAACUCCACUCUUCUGGGAAGAUGUU